ACUCACCCGAAGACAAUGGGAUCCCAGGCAUCCAAAGGAGGAGAGGUGGCCACGGAGGGGAACGCUGCUGCUGCAGCUGCUGCUGCUGGAGGAGGAGAAGCUGGUGAUGCUGCAGCUGUCAAAACCAACGGACAGGAGAAUGGACAUGUGAAAACCAAUGGCGACGUCUCCUCAAAGCCUGACGGGGACGCUGCUGCCACCAACGGCUCAGCUGAGGCGACCAAGGAGCCUGAAGCGGGCGCGGGAGGCGACGCCAUCGAGCCAGCACCCGCUGCAGAUGGAGAGGCUGCCAAACCCGAAGGCGAGGCUGUUGCCAAGGAGACCCCUAAGAAGAAGAAGAAGAAGUUCUCCCUGAAGAAGUCAUUCAACUUUAAGCUGAACCUGAAGAAGAGCAAGAAAACCGAGGCUGUCAAAGAGGAAGUGGUGGCGGAUGCGGAUGCUGCCGCCGCCGCUGCGGCGCCGUCUGAGGAAAAGCCCGCUGAGAAUGGAGCCACCACUCCAGCAGAGGAGAAGAAGGAGGAGGUGAAGGAGGAGGCUGCUGCUGCUGCUGUGGCUGCUGCUCCGGCUGAGACCCCCAAGGCAGAGGAGGCCCCAGCGAAAGAGGAGGCCCCCAAGGAGGAGGCCAAGGAGGCAGCUGCUCCAGCCCCUGAGGCCACAAAACCAACAGAGGAGAGCAGCUCGACCCCUGCUCCUUCUGAAAAGAAAGAGUGAUUUUACCAUGAGCUCACAAUGAACUGGGUGAACUGUUUUGCAAGAAAGAGAGAGAGAAAAUUUAAAGUAUAUAUAUAUAUUUAUAUAUAUGUGUGUAUAUGUAUACAUAUGUAUAUGGAUAUAUGUAUAUGUAAAUAUAUACACAUGUAUGUGAGAGACUCCUUCGACGUGCCACUUUUCGUCAUGAUAACAAGAGGACAGACUAGAUUCACUAGAUCACUUCCCUGGUUACUGCUUGACAUCUGGACCUUGACUGAGUUUUUAGGCUGCGGGUUGGUCACUAUGUGGAAAACUGAUUUUUAGUGGCUAGAGCACAAGCUAUUUGACACCAUGAAGUAUAGAUGGAAGAAGAAGAAGAAGAAGAAGAAUGGAGCCGAAGCAUCUUUUCCCUGAAAAAUUAGAGCUGGAGGUGCCUCCGUGCUGAAGGAAUGAAGCUAGAUGAGAUCCUAGAACACCACCACCACCUGAAGUGACUGUUAAUAUAGACAAAAAAAUGAAAUCAGAAAAUUAAGAGACUCGCCAACUUUUUACAUUCCUAUAUUUUAACCCAAAUUUGAAGUAUUUUGUGGUGUAUUAUAGAGAAACAUCUUAAAGAUUCAGAGAAGCUAUGUCUUUGUUUGUUUAAAGAAAAAAAAAAUAGACAAUUUUGAUUUUUACCUUACUAUGAAAAAAAAGAACACUUAAGCUUGCUAUGUUCACUGUUGCGGUUUGAUAUGAAGCAGAGUUGUUUAUCUGUCGUAUGUGAGCCUGAUUCUGCUUUGUCUUUGUAAAUACAUUGGACUGAUUUCUGUUCUUUAUUUUGCUAAUGUUGACAGAUGUUACUGGUUUUAUUGUAAAGUUGAUAAUGGUAAAUAAAUGUUGGUUACCUGC